AUGCUCGCGUCGGCCGGAGACGACGGAAACAUUCUCCUCUGGGUCCCCGCCGAAAACGCAGCGCUGCAUGCCACAAACUUUGGAGAAGACGGACUUGAAGACAAGGAAACAUGGCGGACCAAGACCAUGUGUCGCUCGACGGGAUCGGAAAUAUAUGAUCUGGCCUGGUCGCCGGACGGCGUCUACUUCAUCACCGGUAGUAUGGACAAUGUCGCUCGCAUCUACAAUGCCCAAACAGGUAUGCCCGACAACUUUCACUGUCCUCCAACAGACGACUGA